AUGGAAAUGAUAAAUGGCGGAACGCCGUCUUGGACUUCUUCAAAGGUCGACUUGCAGCAAUUUGUGACGGAUGAUAGCAAAGCUGCCAUCACCAUCCAGGUGAAAGACAUAACGACUCUUCAUAUCUAUCCAUGCGAGAGUGAGAUUGACCCUGAACUCUCGGAGAUACAAGUCUAUCCCGUUCUAGGAGAUUGUGCUAGUGUGCUUCGCAAGGUCGACCUUACCCUGAAAUUAUCAGCACGAAAGAAAUCAAACGUGCAAUAG